AUGGCACUUCUCGAUUUGGAUAAUAUAGCUCCACGUUUGGAAGGAAAUUCAAUGAUUUCGAUACCGCAUUACAAAAUUAAGGAUGGUAAAUACGCGGUCUACGUUAUUAAAGUGGCGAUCGAUUCGAUCAUCUGGACUGUAGAAAGACGUUACAGUGAUUUCGUAGCAUUUGAUUUACAACGAUUUGAAGAUCGCAAAAAAUCAUUUCUUCCACCAAAAAAUUAG